AAUGCAAUAAGAAGAAAAAAUUGCAAAAUUGUGUGAAAUAAUUUAUUACCUUAACUUUUAUCAACAUUUUCUAAAUUAUAAAAGUACGAGCAGAUCCUUGAUGAAUAUAUUGAUUAUACUUGAUAAUGCUUUCUUUGAAUAACAGUCCCGAACUGUGAAAAGUGAAAUUUAUUUUCGGCAAACUUAAUGUUCAGAAACAGAUCAAAAUUAUUACAUUAACAGUUACUAAGAAAACGAUUUGUUAAAAUUUCAUGUCUGACUGUCAAAAGGCGUCUUCACAUUGGACUUGCAAGCUGUAAACAAUGAAUGUAAAAGUGAGCGAAAUCUUUACAUCUGCCGGGAAAGCUUUCAAUACUUUAGGCGACCUGAUUUUACAAGUUCAAACCGAUAAAGAAAGUAAUUCGAAAUGGAGUCAGGAAGAAGUGGAUAUGUUGAAAAAUUCGGUGACUACAUUUAAUGAAGAUUUGAAUCAAUUAAGUUCACACAUCAAAGCUAAGCAAACAUCCCAAAUACGACAAACGAUUAAAAACAAAUCUUAUCAGCAGGCUGGACUUUCAAAUAAAGCAGAUGCUUCUAAAGUAGUGUCUGGUACACAAGUCCAGCAACAAUCUUCACCGGUCAUUAUACAAGAGCAAGUCAUUUUCCAACCUCAAUCAAUUAAAAUUGAGCACCAGCUUCCUGAUACUCUGGUUCAGGUUUCAAACUCAACUCCUACAACAUCUCAGAUGACACUCAAUCGUCUUAAUGCGCAGCAAGAAGAAAUAGAAAUGGAUGUUGAAGAUUUUAGAGCGGAUGGUGUUAAAAUUGAAUAUGGUGCAUCUACUGAGGUUUCUUGAAAUUUAAGCGAAUGUGAAGAUUUUCUUUAAGUUCAUAAUUUAAAAUUCACAACUUUUCAUGAAAAUAUGAAGAUUUUCAAUCGCUUAUUAGUAAGUUUUAUUAUUUUCUUUCUAAUAUUCAUUAUAAAUAAAUAUAAUAUUCAAUACAUCAUAAAUAUUCAGCGUUCAUGAACAUAAAAUAUGAGUUUUCGAUGUUUAUAGAAAAAUGUUUUCCAAUACGAUUUCAUAAAAACAUAAAUAAAAUAAAGUAUCUAAAAUUCUUGUA